AAGCGGUAUAGAUCUGUGGGUAGGUAGUUUAUGCACAUCUGUGGGUAUACUUAUGUUGAUGUCAAAUGUCAAUUUCUUUAAUUGUCAAUUUUCCGAUUUGUCUUUUCAUCUUUAAUGUAGGUGAAAUGUAUUAUUGAAUUUAGUGUAUAGUUGUAAGAAAAGGUAAUUAGUAACUCUUCAAGUUGACAGAAGUUAAGACGCAGCUCACUUUGACUGCUUGUAUAUAUUAACUAUGAUACAGUAAUCGUCUAACAAAUAACAAUUCAAUAUGUCGUCCACCGGUAGUCUGAACCAAUAUAUACAACUGAUCGAGCGCAUGUAUAGAACCUCUCAGGGCAAUUUUCUAGCUCGUUUACUGUCUCUUCGUGACGAACAUGUUGGAAAUAGGAACUUGCGAUCAAGUGACAUUGCCACACUCGUGGAAGGGAACUGUGUGGCUCCGCUGGACGAGAUUGUGAUCAGUCACCUACUAUGUGUUAAGUCACUGUAUAUGAGAGAAUUCAUGGAGGCAUUUGAACAUCAGAGUGCCUGUGUGGCCUGUGUUGUAAGACUGUUACAAAAUCAGAAGGAAGUGAAUUGGGGCCUACCAGUUAUGUACACAGUCUGUCUGGACCUGAGGCUUGUUGCACAAAAAGCUGAAGCCAGCUGCCUUCAAAGCAACGGGAAGAUCCUUGAAAAAGCGGCAGAGAGCUUAUUAGCAUGCUUCAGGGUCUGUGCUGCAGACAACCGCUCAUCUGAUGCUGACACCAAGAGAUUAGGAAUGCUGACACUUGUCAACCAACUCCUCAAAGUUUACUUUAGGAUUAACAAGCUUCACCUAUGCAAACCAUUGAUAAGAGCUAUUGAUUCCUCACCAUUCAAAGAUCAGUUCCCAUUAGCCCAACAAAUCACCUAUAGAUACUUUGUAGGUCGCAAAGCUAUGUUCGAUUCAGAUUAUAGAUCUGCUGAUGAUUAUCUCUCAUUUGCAUUCCACAAUUGUCAUAAGCAAAGUAUUAAGAAUAAGAGACUUAUUCUAACCUACUUAGUUCCAGUCAAAAUGUUACUGGGCUUUAUGCCAUCCAUACAGUUGCUACAGAAAUAUGACUUAAUGCAAUUCUGGGAUCUAGUCUCUGCUGUGAAGAAAGGUGAUUUGAGAGGAAUAGAUCGUGUAAUGGAGGAACAUGAAAGCUUCUUUAUUAGUGCUGGUAUAUAUUUAAUUGUGGAGAAAUUAAAGAUUACAGCUUAUAGGAAUUUAUUCAGGAAAGUCUAUCUAGCUGAAAAUAGCCAUCAAAUUGAAAUAGCUAGCUUCCAAGCUGCUUUACAACUGAUGGGACAUGAUGAUGUAGAUGCUGAUGAAACUCAGUGCAUAGUUGCAAAUUUGAUUUAUGAUGGUAAAAUUAAGGGGUAUAUCUCAUAUCAACACAAGAAAGUUGUAGUAAGCAAGCAGAAUGCGUUUCCACCUUUAUCCAGUUUAUAUUAGUUUUACGCGGGCCCUAGUGGGGAGGAGCAAGAAGAGGAUUCAGAUUAAAUUGUUGCAUUUAUAUUAAGAUUUCAACACUAUUUUUUAAUCAAGGGUUAUGGUAGUAUUUGUGUCAAUUGAUUUAAUUUUUCGCUGGAAAUGGAUAGAAAAUUGAUUAUAUUAGAAUCUUCUGAGCAGAAAAUAGUGUUGUAAUCUUUGAUAAUAUAUUAAGGUUCGAAUUACUGCAGGGUAUUCCUAUCAUGGAAAUGGUUUGUCAGAACAGGCUUGCUACCCUUACCGGGGUCCCAUUAGUUAUAAGGUAACUUUAGACAGACAUAUUUUUAUAACAAUUUUGUACUCUCACAGUGAAGUGACAAUAUAGUGAACAUAGCUGCUGCAUUCCGCACAAUAGUUACAGUUACUUUUAAUUGCAUAAUUGUAUUUAUUAUGUGAAUGAUACAAAU